AUGGUUGCUUCACUUGCACUCAUCUUCACGACCCAGUGGAUGCUGCUGAUCACCCAGUUGUGUGCUGGCUGGCACUGCACAGACUCAACAGAGAUGCCAGACUCACCUAUUGGAAAUUUGAUGCUUAAUCAGUGGAAUAUGGAACUGAGUUGGAUGAGCAGCAUGAAUUUCACUGAGGACUGGUGCUCAGUAACUGCAGGAGAUUUUACCGAGACUAACGGUAAAUUUGCUAUAUGCAAGAAUGUUGUGGAUGACCAUGUCAAAGGUCUUACCGAAAUCCAGCACAAUGGGGCAAGCUUUUCUGUUACAGCAGUGGACACGAAUAGCACAUACUCAAGCAUAUGCAGAUAUAUUCCUCAAGGCAUGAAUGGAUCAGCCAUUGAAAACUUCUCCUGUGUGAUUUAUAAUGUUUCCCUCAUGAACUGCACAUGGCAGGCAGGCAGGGAUGCUCCAGGAGAUACCCAAUAUUUUCUCUACUGGCAGAAAUCAAGAUAUGACAAUGAGAUGGAAUGUGAGCUUUACAUUAAAGAUGGAAAUGGCAGAAACACGGGAUGUAGAUUCCAAAAUGUGUCGAUAAAGACUGAAAAAGCUUACUUCCUGGUGAACGGGUCUAGCAAAGACUCCCUGAUCCAGUUCUAUGAAGAGUACAUUAACCUAUAUAAAAUUGAAAAGCUCAUGCCUCCAUCAGAUAUCACUGUCAACUGUGAUGAAAUUAAAAAUUCUUGCAUAUUUCAAUGGCAACGACCCCAAAUAAGUCAUUCUAACAAAGACAUGUGUUUUAAAUAUGAAAUCAACUUAAAGUAUAAGGUGACCCCUGGCCAUAUCACUGGUACCCACAUAGAAGAGCAGGAAGGGGUAAUAGGUCAACAGUCAGACAAGGCUGGCAGUCCUUCCACAGUGUCCUGGAUUCUGGCCGCUGGCAAGCAACAGACCUCUGUCAGGUCAGAAUUUGAAGUUACACACCAGCGACAGCAGAGGAAAGAGAUGCAGGAAGGAGGGAAUAGUCACACAUUUCAAAGAUCCAAUACGAGAAAGAAGUACCUCUUGAAAAUGAGAGCAGCUGGUGGUCCCUGCUUCGUGAACCCAGCCUGGGGGGAUUGGAGCUCACCUGUUGAGUUUGGAAAUGAAGAAAUUAUUUCUUCUUCAGUAUGGAUUUUACUUGUGGUAGCAGUUGCAACACUCUUAGUGGCAAUUGUUGCAAUCUUGUUCUGCAAAAGGACUGACUGUUGGAAACUAGCGUUUCCACAAAUCCCAGAGCCAAAAAAUGCAUUUCAUGGACUGCAUGAUACAAAUCCAGAGCUGAUGGAGAGCAAAAUUCAGUCAAUAACAUCUGAAAACGAAGAGAUAAUAUUAGUUGCUGAUGCACUGAAAUAA